GCAGUUUCACAAUGACCGGACUGGUUGAGGGAGCUGUCUUGGGGGUUGUCUUUCAAGAGACUUGGAAUGGAGGAAAGCGUGUAUAUAGAAUUUUCAAAGGUUCUGCUCGUAAGGAUUUCGAAAAAACUGUCGAGAGUUUGUUGCCGAUCAUCAAAGGGAUAUGCAAGUCGGAUUCGCGAGUGGCGUCGAAUUUAUCGCUACAAAGAUUCCAACAAUUCCACAGCAAUAUUGUCAAGGGCAACCGGAUGUUGGACGAAUGCCCAAGAAGUUGCACUCUUCUCCGAAAAUUCUGGGUCGCAUAUCAGGUUGAAAAGCUGGAGAAGUAUAUUAACGAAUUCAUUCGGACUGACGUUCCGAUAGUCAUGGCAUUCGAACAAAUUCAAGCGCAUAUUUCUCAAUCCAACCAGCUGGACAUUGUUAUUCAAGAACAGAAUUUUCAGGCCACCCAACUGCAAAAAAUAAUUCAUUGGCAGAGCAUUCACUCCGCCCAACUGGAAACUCUACAUCGAGCGCAUAGUUCUCGUUCCAUCGAAAUAGAAAAUUUGUAUCGAAAGAUGGUGUCAAUGCGUCGAUUUGUGGAAAGUCUCCAACAUACUCAGAUUUCACAGCAGGAUGAGAGGCACCCAACAGCUUCCCUACUCCGUCAGCAACAUAGUCAGGAUGAGAGCCACCGCACAGAUUCUCCAGAUCCGCCGCCCUACUUGCUCAAUUUUGAUGAACACAUGUUGAAGGUGAAGAUGCUUGUGCUAUCGGAUGGAGUGAAUGUGGUCGGAAUUACAGCCGUGGGUGGAGCAGGAAAAUCCACGCUUGCAAAGGCCGUUUGUCAUCACACUGAUAUCAAAAAGUACUUUGAGAGAGUCAUAUACAUUAUCGUUUCAGAAAGCCCAGAUCUGUUGAGUAUUCUGAAAAUCAUGUGGAUAGACAUUGUUGGUGGGCCAGCACCUAACUUCACAAAUGUUGAAGACGCACAUAACGACUUGCAAUUGCGAAUAUAUUCAAAAAAUGAAUCAAUUCUCGUCGUGUUGGAUGACAUUUGGACAUUUUCUAACAUGAAAGAACUGUUAUUCAAAGGGGAGCACUACAGAACUAUAGUAACCAGCAGAGAUGAAAAGAACAUUCCAAUAGGAACCAAUACAAGGAUUUAUCCACUACCGCCCUUGCAACCGGAGCUUGCUCUGUCACUUUUCUGCCACUGUGCCUUUGAGAUGUCUACAAUUCCAAAUACACAUAACGAAGAACUGGUCAAACAGGUACAAAUAGAGUGUAAAGGGUUGCCACUAGUUCUUCAAGUAAUUGGUAGCUCUCUAAAGGGUGAGCCCUACUCUGUUUGGAAAGCUACUAGGGAUGCGCUUGCAAGAGUAGAAUUUUCAGAUGAUAAUCAGAUAGAUGUUCUUAAGCGCCUGGAAACAAGCAUAGACGUGCUGAAACGUGUUGAAAAGCAGUGUUUCUUGGACCUGGCUAUAUUUCCGAAAGGACAAAUCAUUGCAGCAGAUGUAUUGUUAGAUAUUUGGGUGUAUGUCCGUGGAAUGAGACGGAACGAUGCUUUUAAUCUUCUACGGAAAUUUGCAGCUCGCCAUCUGUUGGACAUGAAGAGGGAUCCCUGGACCCCAGAAAGCAGAGAUCACUUCAUGAAUAGUUUUUCUAUUUCCCAACAUGAUGUGAUGAGACAAUUGGCCCUGUUUUUGGCGGAGCAGGACAAUGAGAUUCAUUUUAGUAGGCUGUUUAUGUCUCAAAACCAAUCUGAAUUGUCCCCGAAGUGGCAAACAGACGGAGAUCAUUUAUGUCGAGCUCGGAUUGUUUCCAUUCACACAGGGGCAAUGAAAGACACACAAUGGCCCGGAAUGCAUUUCCCUGUGGUGGAAGCUUUGGUUUUGUAUUUCACUGCAAGUGAAUAUUGCAUUCCAACGUUUUUGCACACAAUGAAAAAACUCAAGGUUCUGAUAAUCCAUAAUAAUGAUGGAGCAAAACGAGCCAAGCUUAGUGGACUGGCUGGUUUUGAAGAGCUUUCUCAGCUUAAAACUCUGCAUCUUGAAAGGCUGAUAGUUCCCCCUCUAAAUGAGGACUGCAAAGGCUUAAAGAGUUUGCAGAAAAUAUCCCUUAGUCUAUGUGAAGGACUUGGUAAGGGUAAAAUGUUCAACUUGCCCGCACUUUUUGAAUUGAAUGUGGACUAUUGCAUUGAUCUGGAGGAAUUGUCGGCAGGAAUCUGUUCUUCAAAUUCCCUCGAAAUUUUAUCAAUUACUCAUUGCCAUAGCCUUGCAAAGUUACCUGAUGAUUUGGGCAAGCUUGCAUCACUUAAAGAUAUAAGAUUGUAUGAAUCUCCAGGCUUGAAAUCACUACCAACUUCAAUCUGCAGGCUUGGAAAACUAGAAUUGCUUAACAUCUCAUCGUGCAUGGGUUUGAAGGUGUCUGGGAGUAAAAGCUCUGAAUUGAAGAAAACCCUUCAAUCAGUAGCGCAACUGCCAUCCCUAAAAAAGGUGAUUUGUGAUGAGGAUAAUGAGAAGCUGUUCAGAAGGAGCUCCAGGACUGGCCUUGAUGUUGAAGUUGUGAAAGAAGAUGAAUUCAAUUUGGAUUGGCUAAAUUAGAGAACAGACAAAAAUGGGGAUGUAGAAAGUUGGAUUUUUGAUACAUGCAAUAUGCUGUCUGUCGAAUGACUAUCUACUUUUAUUAUU